AUUUUAUCCAGCUCCCCCCUCCAGCGUGGGUUCAUGUAGGCCAACAUUGCCAACCGAUUCCAGUUUGGACUAUUAUCACUCAAACAAGGUAAAUAUAUGCAACCGACAUGUGUUUUUUGUGCUUUGUGAGACCUGCAUCACCUCUCUCCACACGCUACACGGCGGGGAACGCGUACAUGCGAGCGUCGUGCAGAGCAACUCGUCUGUUUAACAGGAACUCUGUUUACACAAUGUGGACAGAAACAAAUGUACUUGUAUUGGCGCUAGACGAGGUUUCCAACUUUCUUUUUUAAAUUGUUGGUUUGAUGGUUUUGAGCGCCGCACCAACAUGAGACACGCCGUAAUUACUAAACACAUUUUUGAAUAUUUUUCUUGACAACGGAGUUCCUCGUAGUACUACUUUUUCUUUUAGAGUCAUUUGUUUGUACUUUGCUCGAGACAAGUGCGCACCUUGCUCCAUCCAUGUUCUACGCGUAAAAUGUGGGCUGUUAGGCUGUGCUAUUGGGACAGCAGACUACGACCACAAAAGGAAAACUGGGGGUAUUGAUAUUUACAUGAAACAAAUGUUUGCCACUCAUUUACAGUGCACUGUUCAAGCGUUUAUGCAAGAUAUAAACAUAUUGAAUUAAAAAACGGAUCAACUUUACGCAUGAAAGUAAAAGGCGAAGCAAAUAUGAAUAACAUAAAUAGCUUACAAGAGGAAAAUGAUAUGGAUCUUUUUUUAAUCAUCACAUUAUUGCCACUGUCUGAAUGAAAGUAACUAUUAGUCUUCUGCUUAAUGUGCACACGCAACAUCGUAUCAACUUUGCUUGUGAUUGGCCCACGGGGAAACGCUCUCUUUUAAUCAAUGUCCACAUUAGCCUCCCUUAUCUCAUUGCAUUUUACAUUGGAGGACAACUCGAACAUAAGCUAUAGAGCAGAUACGGUCCCGCAGAUCGAGGUGUUCGGCUCUACAGUUCCUUGCCCAUGCGCCCAAACCCCGACGGCAAAAGACUGCCCUCUACUGGGUUUGAAGGCGACAACAUGUACAUGAAUGAAAACAACCAGGAGUUCCUCUCCCCGAACCAGAGCUACACGGGUCAGAGCGGCGGCGGUGGCGGUUCCGGGAACGCCAGCGGGAAUGCCGCUGGCGACGAGGACUACGAAAUCCCGCCAAUCACUCCACCCAACCACCCAGAGCCCUCCCUCCUCCACCUGAUGGAGCACGACUCCACCGGGUACCUCUGCCACUCGCUGCCCCACAACGGGCUCAUCAACCCUUACUCCUACCCGGAGCUGCCCGCUCUCAUGAUGUCCAACAUGCUGGCCCAGGACGGGCACCUGCUCUCCAGCCAGAUGCCCUCGAUGCAGGAGAUGGCUUUGCACCACCACCAUCACCAGCAACAACAACACCACCACCACCUCCACCACCAACACCACCACCACCACCCAGAUGGCCAUCAUUACGACCCCUCCCGUCACAACCCUUUACUAAACAGUUCCCAUAGGAUACUGGCCAACCCAAUGAGCGCCCUGUCCCAGCUGAACCCCCAGCUCGGACGCGGCCCCCUCCCCCACGGUUCCCCCUCCCCUCCCGGGAGUAAAUCGGCCACGCCCUCCCCCUCCAGCUCCAAUCAGGAGGAGGAGAAUGAGUCUCAUUUGAAGAUCACGGGCGAGAAGCGGCCCUCCUCAGAAAUGAUGAAGCCCAAGCCCAAACCACAGAAGAAGAAAAAGAAGAAGGACCCCAAUGAACCCACCAAGCCUGUGUCGGCCUACGCCCUGUUCUUCAGAGACACGCAGGCCGCCAUUAAGGGACAGAACCCCAACGCCACCUUCGGAGACGUGUCCAAGAUAGUGGCCUCCAUGUGGGAUGGACUGGGAGAGGAGCAGAAGCAGGGCUACAAGAGGAAAACAGAGGCGGCUAAAAAGGAGUACCUGAAAGCCCUGGCCGCCUACAGAGCUAGCCUGGUUUCCAAGACGUACAACGACCCCGUGGACGCCAAGGGCAACCAGACGGCCCAGCCGUCGCCCCACAUGCUGCCCGCCAACCAGCCCCUCUACAACGUGCCACACCCCCCCCAGCCCUCCUCCCCGUACCUGGGGCCCGGGGGCUUCCCCCUGGCCGACCUGCAGAGCUACCCGGGCCACGUCCCCCGCCACGCCCUGUCGCGGACCCUCAGCCAAUCACAGAUGCUGCCCAGCAUCAGUGCCUCUCCCCCUUCCUCCUUCCAGAUCAGCCCCCCCUUGCACCCCCACCAGCAGCUCUCCCUACAGCAGAGCUCUCUUCUCAACCAGCCUAUCCGUAUGCAGCAGGUCCAGUCCCAGCAAAUCAUCUCCCACCAGAUGGGGCUGCAGCCCUCCAUUCACUCUCCACCCCCCGGGCAGCAGAGUUUCUCCCACCUCCAGUCGGAGUACCAGAAGAGUGUCGGGGGACCUCAGUCUCCAGGUGCCCCAGCUCCAGGCCCCGGCCCUGGGGGUCCUCAGGCCCAUGACUGGGACGGUGAAUACUGCAAUCGGGAGUGUGGCAGCCACUGCAGCGGCAGCAUGAUAGCCAGGGACAAGCCACUCUACCUCACCUGAAGCAGACGAAGCGAGGAGAAGACUGUGGGCUGUCAAACACACGUGUACAACCACGACACCUCCACCACCACACUGAGGAGUCUACUGUCAACCACCACCACCACCCAUCCCCCUCCCUGUCCCAUGCCCAGCAUCGCUCUCGGAUAGACACACACACACACACACACACACGCACGCUUGCAGGCGCACACACACACACACACACACACACACAGGCACGCUUGCAGGCGCACAUACACACACACGCACACACACACACACACACACACACGCUCAUUCACACGCACACGCACACACAUCCACAAAUGCACCUGCAUCAAUGCAGGCAUACACAGACCUACAUUCUACCUUUUAAAAGACCACCAUCCAAGACCCCCCCCUCUAUUAUUAUUAUUAUUAUUAUACAUUUCAUUUUUAUGAUUUUCUUUCUGAAAGGGACACGCGCGACCAGAGGGUUUAGUUGGUUUCCUUUGUAUCAAUAGAUGACUACUGUCUGUACCACUUAACAUAUUGGGGGGGUCUUGUCUCGCUGUUUCAAUUUCGCCUAGCACUUAUGGAG